AAAAUAAAGAUGAGAAUCGCUGUAGAGGGUUGUGCACACGGUGAAUUAGAUAUUAUUUACGAAACCAUUCAAGAAAUGGAAAAGGCUGACGGGAAAAAGAUAGAUUUGCUCAUUUGUUGCGGGGAUUUUCAAUCUACGAGAAACUUGAGUGAUUUAAGUUGCAUGGCUGUACCUGAUAAAUAUAAGGAUAUGUGUACUUUUUAUAAAUAUUACUCGGGGGAAAAAGUUGCCCCUGUGUUAACGAUAUUUAUUGGAGGAAAUCACGAAGCGUCUAAUUAUCUUCAAGAAUUGCCGUACGGCGGAUGGGUAGCACCUAAUAUUUAUUACUUGGGAUACGCCGGUGUAAUAACAGUAGGCGGUAUCAGAAUUGCAGGGCUGUCCGGAAUCUAUAAAGGUCAACAUUUGAUGCAGGGACAUUACGAAAAGCCACCUUAUAAUGAAAAUACAAUCAGAAGUGUAUAUCACAUUAGAAACUUAGAAAUAUUUAGAUUAAAGCAGCUUAGUGGCAAUAUCGAUAUUUUCUUAUCUCACGAUUGGCCAGCGGGGGUAACUAAAUAUGGAAAUGAAAAUAUGUUGUUGAAAGGAAAACCUUUCUUCAAAAACGAUAUUGAGAACAAUAUGCUUGGUAGUCCACCGAGUAUGGAACUUUUAGAACAUCAUUAUCCAAACUAUUGGUUUUCUGCACAUUUACAUUGUAAAUUUGCUGCCCUUGUUCCUGAAAAAGAGGGAACAAGGGUGACUAAAUUUUUAGCUUUAGAUAAGUGUCUUCCAAAACGAAAAUUUCUUCAAAUACUCGAACUAGAACACGAUCAAAAUUUACCAUUAAAACCACGUUAUGAUUUAGAAUGGUUAACAAUAUUAUAUUUAACGAACCAUUUAUUAAGCGUUAAAAACGGUAUUCAUUAUAUGCCUGGGCAAUAUGGCAAUAAUAGAUGGAUAUUUACGCCAACCGUAGAGGAAAAAGCAAACAUUUUCAAACGAUUCACCCAUAAUUUAGAAAUUCCCGUAAAUUUUACACAAACUACAAAGCCAUACAAUCCUGAUGCUUUAGACGUUUCAGUCGAAUCGCCAAAACUGUUAAUAAAUAAUCAAACUACGCAGUUUUGUAACACCUUGGGUAUAGAUGAUCCGUCUGUUUUAUUACAAUUAAUGAGUAACACAAAAGAAUCUAAAUCAAAUGGAAUGUUAAUAGAAACAUCGUACGAACAGAUACCAGGUUCCAAUGAUAUUUCUAUUUCAUUCGAGGAAGACAAUGUUUUAAACUCCACGUUCGAUGGAGUAUCGCCGUUAAAUUUAUCCCCAAAAAGUAAUAGCGAAGAACAAGACGUAGAAAUAAAUAAUAGUAAAGAAGCUUUAGACGGAUGUAUGAAUAAUUUAACGCCAGAAGUUAAUUUUGAUUGUAUAGACGAUGGUAAUAAACAUCUUAUACAAAUUGAGCCAAAUUGUAAGAAAUUUAAGCGGCGGAAUUAUUCCAUAUAUUCCAAUACGCUUUAGAUACAAUUUAAUAUUUCAUUUGACAAUUAAGUCUGGAAUAUU